UCUUGCUCCAGGUCAUCACGCUGAGACCUUUCAGAUGUUCAAUGUGGACUACAGCCAUGUACAGGUGCCUUUUGAGAUUGUGCUGUGGAUUAUGCUGGCUUCCUUGGCUAAACUGGCGUUCCACUGGUCAGGGCGUCUCCCCUCCGUCAUGCCCGAGAGCUGCCUGCUCAUCGUGGUGGGCCUGCUGGUGGGCGGGGCCAUCUACGGUGUCCGCCACACGCCCCCACCCACCCUGAGUGCUGACGCCUUCUUCCUGUUCCUGUUGCCGCCAAUCGUGCUGGACGCUGGCUACUUCCUGCCGGGAAGGCUGUUCUUCGAGAACCUGGGCACCAUCCUGCUGUACGCUGUGGUCGGCACGAUGUGGAACGCGCUGGGCAUCGGGUUCUCGCUGCGCGGCCUGUGCCUGGUGGUGCCCGGCGAGGCGCUGCAGGGCCUCUCGCUGUUCCACUGUCUGCAGUUCGGCAGCCUGAUCGCCGCCGUCGACCCUGUGGCUGUGCUGUCCGUGUUCGAGGAGAUACAUGUCAACGAGCAGCUGCACAUCCUAGUGUUUGGAGAAUCACUGCUCAAUGAUGCAGUCGCCGUGGUGACGUAUAAGCUGUUUGAGUCGUUCCUGCGCAUGCCGUCUCUGAGCAGCAUGGACGUGCUGGUGGGGGCCUUCCAGGUGCUGCUGGUGGGUGCAGGCGGCGUGGUGGUGGGCGUCUUCUUCGGCCUGGUGGCGGCGCUGGUCACCCGCUUCACUGACCGCGCACAAGUAAUCGCGCCACUCUUCGUCUUCCUCUUCAGCUACCUGUCCUACCUCACCUCCGAGAUGCUGCACAUCUCCGGAAUCAUGGCUAUCAUGUCGUGCGCGGUGAGCAUGAAGCAGUACGUGGAGGCCAACAUCUCAGAGAAGUCGCACACGACCAUCAAGUACUUCCUGAAGAUGUGGAGCAGCGUGAGCGAGACGCUCAUCUUCAUCUUCCUCGGCGUGUCCACCAUCCAGGACAAGCACAUGUGGAACUGGCCCUUCGUCACCGGCACGCUCUUCCUCUGCCUGGCCUGGCGCGCUGUGGGUGUGCUGCUUCUGACAGCCGUGAUCAACAAGGUGCGCCGCAACACUGUGACGUUUAGGGACCAGUUCAUCAUCGCCUACGGUGGCCUGCGAGGGGCAAUCUGUUUCUCUCUGGUGUUCCUCAUGGACGACUUUCCCAUGAAGAAGCUUCUCAUAACCACCACCAUCACCGUCAUCCUCUUCACCGUGUUUGUGCUGGGUAUGACUAUUAAGCCUCUUGUGGAACUGCUGGAGGUGAGGAAGAGGAGUGAUCUAGAUCUUCCCUCACUGGGGGAGGAGAUACACUGCAGAGUUUUGGACCACCUGAUGACUGGGAUUGAGGAAGUUGUCGGCUACACCGGUCAGCACCACUGGAAAGACAAGUUUGACCAGUUCAACAACAGGUACCUGCGUAAGUUCCUGGUCCGUCAGGACAAGCAGCCCAAGUCUAGCCUGGUGAGGCUCUACCAGAAACUUCAGCGUCGUGACCAGAAGAGAGAGGAGAUGAGGAAAGACGAGGAGUGUGUGAUGGAAACUACUCAGAGCCGGGUUUUGCUGCCAGAGGAGAUGGACAGCAUCAGGAGGAUUCUCACCACAAAUCUGUAUGACUUCAACAAAAGGCAUAUGAUGGCUUAUAGCAGACACGAGCUGUCUCCAGAAUUCUUUAUGGACCACACAUCACACCACUCCUUGUGCAAACCUCAAAGCCUGGGAGACCAGACACUCUACCUUUCUCACACCCUUUCAACUCAGUACGAACAUGAAUAUGAACAUGAGACAUACAGAGAUGGCCACAGACGUCUCUCCAGGUCAACAGAAGGGGCCCUGCUCAGCCACAACGGCCCCGGAGAGCUGCCUCGAGAUGGGCAUACAGAUGCCGACUCCGCCCCUGGCGCUGCUCCGGCUCCUGGUUCUUCCCUGGCCCGCAGCUCCACCACCAGCGCCUGCAAAGUGCCCAAGAAACUCAGCUUCAUCCUGGAGAACGAGAGAGACAAAUAGCAACAAGGUCGCCAAAGAAAAGGACACAUAAGAAAGAAGACACACACACACAGAAAAAAAAACAUAGGUUUCAGUAUGAACUUUUGUCGAUGUUUGAGGAGAAGUCUGUAUAUAAGAUUCUUUCCUGCAUUCUUUUAUUGCAUGUUUUAUAAGAAAGGACUGUAUAUAAAAUGCCUUCUUGGCGAAAUGUUCAAACGAUUGUGACUGACUCGAAAUGUAUCACUCAAGACAGAAG